AUGCAUUCACAAGCUAUUAUCCGGAAGUCUCUAGUUUCCAACUUGGGAAGACGUUAUGUCACAAGGCGUUGCCCCAGAUCAGUCCCGUCUUACUCCGUAAGACGUUUCUCAAAUAUCCCGCAGGGUGCAAGCCCCCCUCAAGGCCAGGACAUUGUGGAUCAAGCUGGCGCAGAAGACGAGGGAGGGAAAGGCAAAAAUGCCGACUCGGAGCCGAACUUUAGAUCGACCAUUCUGAAAAUGCUCGAGUCAGCUGCAACCACAUUUGCUUCCAUCGCCGUUCUUGGGAUUGCGGGAUAUUCGUACCAUCGGUACUAUAAGUAUCUCAUCUUAGAGAAAAUAGAUAAUGCCUUCAAGCCGGGUGAUCCUGCCCUUGAGAUUGCUGGUGUAAGCCCCGAUGAAGAAAAGCGUCUGGACACGGAACAUUGGGUCGUGCGAGAAGAGCAAGAGAAGAUCGACCGCAUCAUGAGCGGAGCCAUCAAAGGUCAAUACUACCUUCUGAUCGGCGAGAAGGGCACGGGCAAGACGUCUAUGCUCUUGAACGCUAUGCGCAAGACCAACGGAGAAAGCAUUGCCAUGGUUGAAGCCCACGCCGAUUUGGAAAUUUUUCGAAUACGACUAGGAAAGGCGUUGGACUUUGAGUUUCAUGAAGAUUACAUCGGCAGCCUUUUCAGCAUCAAGGGACCCCGCGACACCACGGCUCUUCUCGACAUCGAGCGGGCGUUUAACAAGCUUGAAAAGGUGGCGCUCCGAAGACGACAGAAAGGCGAGCGGCCUUUGAUCCUCAUUAUUAACAGCACCCAUUUGGUGAGGGAUGACGAGGACGGCCGAGAUCUUCUCGAAAUGAUGCAGCAACGAGCGGAGCAAUGGGCUGCCAGCAAUCUUGUCACGAUGAUCUUUAAUAGUGACGAUUACUGGGUAUACGAGCGGCUCAAAAGAUAUGCGACACGCAUGGAAGUCAUACCUGUUCUCGAUCUACCCAAACAGAAAGCCAUGGCAGCGCUUCAUCGGUUCCGGAAACAAUAUCGUGGAGAGGACGUUCCCAGAGACAUCCUGGAGAAGGUCUAUGAUAAAGUCGGCGGGCGGCUGUCAUUUCUGAACCGAGUCGCAAAGUCAGAAGACAUGAUGAAGAUGUGCGAUCACAUAUGCGAGACCGAGAAGACCUGGUUUCUCAAUCGAUGCUGGAUUUUAGGAGAGGAUAUGGAUGACGAUGUGAUGGACGAACAGAAAUACUCCUCUGCCGCUAUGGUUCUCGCAAAAGCCCUUGUCGAUCGCGAGAAGGAGAUGGAAAAGACCUAUGAUCCGGAGAUUGGCCACAUUCUGCCGCAGAUGCCGCUGCACGAAGCGCGACAGGUGAUGACGAGAGCCGACUUCAUCCAAAGCUACGACCACGACAACAUCUUUACGAUCGACUCCAAGGCCAUGGUUCGGGCUGACUCGGUUCCCAUGCAAAACGCGUUUCGGGAGAUCUGCUCGCAGCCCGGUUUUGAGGAGCAUCUUGAAAAGACUCUGGACCGUAUUUCAGCCAUUGAGAGCUUGGGAAGGACCCGGGAGGUCACGCUCAAGGACCUCUGGGACCAGGGCAAGUACCGGAUCGUUGUGCGCGAUCCUCGAGGCCGAGAAUCAGGGACUAUUGAGUUCUCUGUGGCGGAGAAAGAGGACAAAGACAAGGAUGAGGACUAA